AUGAGUCCCAAAUCGAUAAGUUUAAUCGAAGAAAACGGUCGUCAGCUAACUAUAAACUCAAAAUGGGCCGCCAACCCGCACGAACAACCACCAUUUGAGGCGAACAUUGACCAGCUCGAGUUUAACUUCCAAAACUGGCAAUCGAUUGCCGGCACCGAUGUUAUAAGCUCACGGCAAAUACGUCACGACAAUUAUAUGCUCGCUCUUUUUCGACAUGUCAUAGAUCUCUUCAAUAUUCGCUCCGACGCUGGAGUCCUUUUAGCGUUGGAGGUUGAUGAGAUCGAAAACUUCGAGGACACCUUUUCGCUGCUCAGACAGUAUCCUAUCAAAACGUUGGAGGUUGAUAAAUUUGAACUCGGAUCGAGCGUCUCUGCGAUUCAGUGGAAGAAUUUGAAAGGAAUGGUUGGAGACGUCGAGUGUCUUAAGCUCAUGAAACCGAUCGAAACGCCGGAGGAUGGGAACUAUGAUGUGAGUCUAAACUGGGUUAAAAGUUGAAAAUGAAUGUUCAGUUCCUACACUGUAAGACACUUUCAAUUUCGUCCGGCACGUGGCUGAAACGUGAACACUUGCUGAACAUGGACUGUCAAAGUGUGUGCAUCGAAAGUACGCCCAAAAUCACCACCGAAGACAUCGUCACGUUUGUCAAUGCUUGGAAAAACGGCACAGUGGCGCGCAACUUGAAAGUGUUCAUGAUACGAUUCAUCGAAUUGGACCUUUCUCAGAUUUUCGAGCAACCUAGAUUUGCGCGAUUGAUAUAUUUGACAAGUUUUCCAUAUCGUGACUACUUCAACCACACAUCACAGUAAGAGUUCGGAUGAAAUAAGGAAACUGUGCGAGCUCUCGUGUAAACUUUUUGCAGACAGGAAGAGCAUGCUGCGCGCAUGGACGAGUCACUCGCCUGUUUGCGUGGGGAGUAUGUCCGACGGAUCGAUGACGUCGAAGCGAAAAUUGUUGUGGGCGCCGAUCAGUUUUUCUUGAUCGUAGACUGA